AUGAUUCAUCUACCAAACUAUUUUGAAUAAAAAGGAUAGCUUUUAAUAAUUCCGUUGAUCAUUAAUAAUAAAUAGAUUAAAAAAGUAUUUUUUUAAUUAAUUUUUAGUUGAAGCUGAACUCUAUUUCACUAAUAUACUAAAAUUAAAGUAAAAAACUUAAGAUAUUUUUAAAAUUAAUUGGAAAAAGACCAGAGGUCAAAAAUUUCUAAAGUAAAUUAUUUAUGUAUUUGAUAAAUAAGCAUGAAAAAUCUCCAAAUUAGUUAGCCAUAUAUAUUGAUAUCAUCAUAAGAAGAGAGAAAGAAAGAAAUGAAAUAGAAGCUGAUAAAAUGUUGACUUAAAUUGAUUCUCUCUUUCAAUUACUUUAUCUACUAGAUAUUUUCUUUCAACAUUAUUACAAACUAUUACCCAAAAGCUUUGCUCAAUUUUUAGUUAUAAGAUCAAUAACUAGAGAAGUACAUUUUUUAAAAAUUAAAAUUUGA